ACGCACCGUCGGCCGCAGAUUGCGGGCCCAAAGGUUCCGUGUUAGGCGGCGGACUGAGCCCGCAGCGGAGGAGCGGGGACCCGGGAGCCCUUCGGCCGCGGUGCCCCGUCACAGUGAGCGUGCGCGCGCGCGCACACGAGCCUCAGACCUCCUCUCCCAACUGCACCGAUCCGAGUUGCCGAAGAGGCUCUCGACUCCGACUCGAGGCUCCAUCCGCCAUUUUCGGCAGAUUGAACGCAGGUAGAGCACAAAAAAAAUCACAAGUCCCCCCCCCCGGUGAAAUAGAGCAGGUCAGACGUGAACCUAAACCCCCGAAGCAGUCUACGACAGGCGGCGGUGGGGCAGAGCAGCUCCAGGCACCUUACUGCGGGCAGCAUCGGGAGGAGUGGGAGGACGCUCACCAGCGAGGCUUGAAAACCAGCGUUUCGGAACCAUGAUUUCACUCUGACAGCGUUCAAUCACGUUUGCUGCUUUAUGGAAACAAACCUGAGCAGGUCAUGGCUAUUACUGGAGGGACGGUGGAAACUCUGGAUGAAAUUCCGGCUCACGUGUGGAAGGGUUUGCCCGACUGCCUGAGCCUUGGACCUUCUGCGGUAAAUCAAAACCGUAUCGGAUUAUGGGCCACGCGGGUCAUUCCUAAAGGGAAGAGGUUUGGUCCGUUUGUCGGAGAGAAGAAAAAAAGGUCCCAAGUGGCCAGCAAUGUUUACAUGUGGGAGGUUUACUUCCCAGCGCGGGGCUGGAUGUGCGUGGACGCCACAGACCCCAUGAAGGGGAACUGGCUGCGAUAUGUGAACUGGGCACGCUCCAGUGAAGAGCAAAAUCUUUUCCCCCUGGAGAUAAACAGAGCCAUUUAUUACAAAGUUUUAAGGCCUAUCGGGCCGGGAGAGGAGCUGCUGGUGUGGUACACGGUGGAAGACAACCCCGAGAUAACAGCUGCACUGGAGGAAGAAAGAGCCAGCAGCCUGAGCAGGACGAGCUCCCCCAGGGCCAAGCGAGCCAGAGGAAAGCUGCUGGAGAGAGCCAGACAGGCUGGUUUGGGUGGAUUCAAGAAAACCAGCAAAACCAAACCUACUGUCAAGGAAAUGUGGGAUGGAGAGAAAGGACCGAAGGAGGAAGGUGAUAAGCAGUCAUCCAUAGGUUCCUCACAAGAACUCCUGGAAACCUAUUCAGAGGGAACCUCUGACCACAGAAGUAUGCAGGACAUGUCAGACGCAAUGGAAGUGGGUGGGGAGGAGGAAGAGGAAGGUGAAGAGGAUGAGGAAGAGGGUGCUGAUGAUUUGGUGGAUCCAGUUCAAGAAAAGCAGCAAACAGAUUCUACCCAAAACAGGCACCCUGGCUCUUCUCUGAUUGUUGCUAAAGAAAGCCAUAAUGAUUCAGACAUAAAGUUGGAGUCGCUUAUAGGGCAAGAACCCGACCUUGAUCCUGAUCCUGAUCUUGAAAUUGAUCUUGAUGGUGACCCCGAAUUCGAUCCACAUGGAGAGUCGUAUCCCUGCCAACACUGUGAACGUCACUUCUCUAGCAGACAGGGUCUGGAGCGUCACAUACACAUUCAUGCCAUCCCUAACCAACAAUCACAACUGUUUAAAUGUAGGUACUGCAGUAAAUCCUUCGGCUCACAGGUGGGACGGAGAAGACAUGAGAGACGGCAUGAGAGUGGGCCUAAGAAAAGGCCUGGUUCUUUGGCUGGAACUGGAAGUCCUUUCAGUGCUGUGUCACAGACAGAUGGUUCAAGUCCUGACUGCAGUAGUCCAACAACCCACUAUAUAGCCCAACUUGGUGGGGGACCACUACACAACUCUGAGAUGCAGAGAAAGGAAUUGGGUCUUCAUUCUGAUCGGCCUUUUAAAUUGGAUGAAAAUGGGGAGAGUUCAAAAGAACUUCAUCCAUGCAAAUACUGCAAUAAGGCGUUUGGCACACACACCAACAUGCGGCGCCACCAGCGCAGGAUACAUGAACGACACUUGUUACCAAAGGGAGUUCGAAGGAAAGGCAUGUUGCAGCAGCAGCCUGGUGAGUCCCCUGGCACCAGCCCCCCACCUGUCUAUGUGCCCAGUGCAGAUACAGAGGAUGAAGCCGAUGGGGAUGAUUAUGCAGUUGACAUAUCCAAAAAUAUCUCUGAAAACUUGAGCUAUUACAUUGACGGCAAGAUUGUGUCUACCAAUGCAGUGAGCAGCUGUGACGUAAUAGAGGUCGACUCGUCUCUGUUUGGUCUGGACACAGUUAUAAUUAGCCCAAAUCAGAUCAGUCAGGCGCUAAAGGUGGAGGGAAGAACAAGUGCUGCAAAGCAAGUGUCCAAUAUUGGCCAACCAGUGGCAAAAAGGAGAACAUCUACACCCCCACUUGUUCCCAACCUUAAAGUGGAGACAGAAACAGCAUCUUUGACAGCCACCUCAUCAUCAUCCUCUACAUCGUCCUCCUCUAACCUGCUAGUAGGAGGACUGUUCCAACAAGCCACAGACUCAUCAGCAUUUCAACGAGAGAAAACCGUUUAUCUUUCGCCUAAGCUCAAACAACUACUUCAGACACAAGACAUGCAAAAAUCAACUAUCUCCCUGAUUACAGAAAGCCAUAGACUGGGUUCCCCACUGUCAGUCACAUCGCUACCAGGGGCUUCGGGCAGAUUUAAAAGAAGAACAGCUUCUCCCCCAUCCUCUCCCCAGCUCAGCCCUUCAGGUAAAACAGAAAGCUGUAAAACCGAGGCAUCAAACUCGUACACGCUGAAGGCACUAAAGUUGGAAAGCCACAAGAUGUCACCUCCUGGGAACACGCCGGACAAAGAUGAUGGAGACACCCUGAGCCCUUCCGGAACUAAUACACAAGGUCAGACUUCUAGUAGCGGGGGAAACUCAUGUAAUCAACAGCCAUUAGAUCUAUCAAACUCUGUUGCUAGAAAAAGUGACAGCUUGCCCAAGGUGCUUGGGGAUUCGGCUCUGGAUUUAAGCUUUCAUCAUAAGAGCAGCAUUGAGCCUGAAUUAAAGGGCGGUCAAACACAACAGCCACCAAUAAAGAAGAGAAAGCCUAACACCAGCAUGCUUGAAAAGGUGCUGAUGAAUGAGUAUGUAGGUGAGGAAGGCUCAACGACUUUAGCCAGCAUAAGUUCUUACCACUCUCGCUCUCCAAAUAUUGCCUCAGACUCUGCGCAACCCUCCCCUCCAUCUUUGACCCCUGUCACCAUGAACCCAUCUUCCCCCGGUACCUCUAGUGUGACAUCUCCGACCCCACCUCCCCCUGUGUUACCUACCAUGCCAUCUCCAUCAGCAAUGCCCGGCUCACCUCUCUCUCAGGCUUCAGAUGCAGCUGCGCUGAGACUGCUUCCCGUUCUCUCGCCAAAAAUGUCCCCGAGUUCCAAGUCCCCCUCAGCCUCAGAGGAGACUUUGUUAAAUGAAGAAAAUAAAAAUGACAUGGAGAAUUGUGUGUCUGAACCACUGGACUCCCCGAGCACUCCAGCAAAAGAGCCCACUGAUCGCUCAGCGCCGCAGAGCCCUCCUGGGACCGCAUCAGAAGAUCCGCCCACUGUAGAAGAUGUUUCUCUGACAGUGACCAGCAACAACAAGCUGAACUGCAAAAUGAAUGAAGACACAGGCUCCUUAACAGAGAAAUCUAUGAAAACCGACCUUGCUCAUCCCCCAUCUGAACAAGAAACCUCAUCUUCCUCAGCGUCUUCACCUCUACCACAUGAUCCAUCCACAUCCCCAAGUCCACAAUCCCUGAUUCAGGUUAAGAUAAAGGAAGAGCCUCCGAACUGUGUGGAUGAGUUGGCAUGUACCAAUCAUGCUUCUAAGGAUGAUGUUGACUCGUCACCUCAGCCCAGUGCUCUUGAUAAACCAUCUAGCAAAACUUUUGAGGCAGAAGAGCUUGACAUGACGUACUGCAAGACGUUUGUGUGCAAUGUCUGCGAGGUGCCGUUUCCCUCCAUCAAAGAGCUCACUGGGCACAUCGCAGAGCAUGCUGCAGACUGGCCCUUCAAGUGCGAGUUCUGUGUGCAGCUGUUUAGCGAGGCUCCAGCGCUUUUGGCUCACCGGACAUCACUGCAUGGGGUGGGCAAGAUCUUUGUGUGCUCCGUUUGCUCCAAAGAGUUUGCUUUUCUCUGCAACCUUCAGCAGCACCAAAAGGACCUGCAUCCGAGCGAGACGUGUUCACAUACCACUGUAGAGAGCGGCAAGCUCAGGCCACAAAACUACACUGACCCCUCCAGAGCCAAAGAGGAGAGCAACCCAUCAACACCAGCACCAGAGGCAACUGAUGAACCGGCUCCACACACUGAGCCUGAUUUAGCAAAAGAAGAGGCUGAUGUUAACGGUAAUCAGGCGGAAGACGGGGAAGAGGACCCCAAUGAGGAGCUGUACACUACAAUAAAGAUCAUGGCCUCAGAAGGAGGGAAGCCCAAAGGCCCAGACGUCCGCCUUGGCAUUAAUCAACACUACCCCAGCUAUAAACCUCCGCCUUUUCCUUAUCACAGCCGUUCUCAUGCAGGCUCUGUGGCUUCAGCUACUAACUUUACCACCCACAACAUACCACAAACGUUCAGCACUGCCAUUCGCUGCACCAAGUGUGGCAACAGCUUUGACAACAUGCCUGAACUGCAUAAGCACAUAUUGGCCUGCGCCAAUGCUAGUGAUAAGAAGCGUUACACUCCCAAGAAGAACCCCAUCCCUCUCAAGCAAAUAGUGAAGAGCCCCAAUGGAGUCGUGUCACCCACAGCAGCCACUGCUGUCCAGAGUGCUUUCCGGAGAAUGGGUCAGCCAAAGAGACUUAAUUUUAAUCAAGACACAGCUAAGACAAAAAUGAGCGCCCUCAGUAAGAAGAGGAACCAGCUGGUUCAGAAGGCAAUUUCCCAGAGAAAUAAAGCCGCCACCACUGCAAAGAAGGUUAAAAUUGAACAAGAGCAGGCCUCUAACAUUUGCCCCCACUGCAGUCGGGAGUUUACAUAUCCUGCAAGUCUAAGUAAGCAUAUGUUGGUCAGCUGUCCAAUGAAGCCCGUUGUAAAGAAGGGCAGAAAAGGUCUGUCAGAGGUUAAAAAAGAGGUAGUGCCUGUGGCUGAUAAAAACAUGAACCUUAGGAAGAAAGUUUCAGACAGUGAGAUACAGCAGCCGGAGUCCACAUCUAAACGCCUCGGAAAGACCAGAGCUCGUAGCUCCGGUUCAGCAGCAGACCCUGAGCCUUCCCAGGUAGGCAAAGUAAAAACUGCUGGCGCUUUGGGCCAUUUAAAGAGGCCUGCCUCGUUCCCCGCCCCAGGUUCUGCGAACAAAAGGUCCAAGAAGGGCCAGGUUCAGUCACUACCUCUCACCCCGCCAGCGCCAGACACUCCCAGUGACCCUGCACAGCAGCGUCCUACCAUGAGAAUGCAGCGAAUGGGAAAGGAAGUAGCACCUAAGAGAUUAUCAGAGGCCAAGCCACCAGUAGCGGAGCAGCUGAAGGAGCGGUUCUCCCUAAGAACAAGGAAGAGAGUAGGAGGUCCAGUCACCAGGAGCUUACAAAUGUCCAACCCAGCUCCUGCAGCUGAGGUUAAAGCUGAGGAAGCACCACUUCAAGAGCCCAAAGAGACUCAGGAGGUGCUGAUGAAGUGAGCCUUGUGAAAACGCUCCUCCUGGGAUUGUGACACUCAUGCCUCAGUUGCUCUGGACUUUUCAAGGCACUGACUUGUGGUGGACUUGUUCACUCAAACUAAGAGAAGUCCACGUAUCUUAAAUGCCUUUGCUGGAUCUAAGGAGGGAACUCUCUUUAUCUUCCAUUUAUUACAAACUGUACUGAGCCUCGAUUUUAACCAGCCUUGCAAAAAAGAAAGAACACUGUAAAAGCAACUCUAGAUGACAUUGAGUUAAUAUAUACAAUAUGUGUCAUUACUUGACCCAAAACAGUAACAUUAGGGCUCCGUUAAUUGGGAAAAGUCGUAUAUUGCAAAAGGCAAUCAUGCAUUAGUUAGGGAAACUGGUUUAUUUUUUUGUUACAUAUUUUCCCCAUUUGGUUGUUUAGAUUUUUGGCUGUUUCCAGUCUCUUAAUGCAUGUGCUGAAUAGUGUGUAAACUAGAUGAAGCCAAUUUCCAUUUUGCUCUUAAUGGACACGUACAUAAGUUUAUACAUCAUUUGCAAAGUAUGUAUGUUUGAUUUCUGUAGUCGUUAUAUUGUAGGAUAUAUCUUUAAUGGCUUUUUUUUGUUUAGGGGGAACGUAAAUGAAAAUGGCAGUUUGUUGACUGCAACAGUUGGUCCUCAGGAACACUGUACAUGCGUGCGUGGGAAGUAUGUGAAUGGUUAUGGUUGGAUGUGCAGCCUGACACCUAUUCCUUUGGUCUAAAUCUCAAGUAUGUCUCAUGUUUUUAUGUUCUCUUUUGUUUAUCUGACGUUAGCAGGUUAUUCCACGUGUAAAAAUGAUGGAGACCGUUGUAUUCUACCUAACAUGAUGUGCGUCCUGAACAGAAUUUUUUUUAAUGCCACUCAUACAGCUCAGUGUUCUUUCAGCACUUUAAAUAUUUUCCACAAAUCUUAAAAUUGGUUUGUCUCCAUUGAGCAGUUCGACACAUGAAAAUGACACAUGAACCAGCUUUAAUGUGCCAAAAUGCGUGACUCAAGUACUAGAAGGGUUGAAUGCGACACGGCUUUUAUCCUCGGUCGUUGGAUGUCAAAGUUGCUUCAUGUGUAGAUUUUCUUAUAGCUCCCAUGCCAACAGUGAACGAUGCUUCUUCUGAGGAUAAAGUCAUUUUUGUUUUAUUGAGAUGUUAAGACUGUACAUGAUGAGAAUGUUAAGUCCCAACCGAUGAAACAAUUACUUGUAGUUUGUAGCAUAUCCAGCCAUCGCCCCUUUGUUCUACUCUAGAUUAUAUCCUUAGUGGGAUAACACACACACACACAGGCAGUGCUUAAAUGCUUGUGGCGCGCUGUGGGAAAGAACAUUGAAGAUUAUGAUUUGAAGCUAAUUUAUAUUUCCUCAAGAAAUUUUCAUGUUAUGCCUUUCAGCAUCAAGAUUAUGUAUUUAAGGGUGAACAAAGACAAAAUCGUGAAUGACCUCAAGAAAAACAUUGCUGUAAUUGAAAUAAUAAAAAAAGGUUUU